ACUAUAUGUGACAAUGGUUUCAGCAUUCAUUGCAAGAGAUAGAAGGAGGUAGCCAGAGACUUGGUUCUUUCUCUCCAGCACAAUGUAAAGAAAUUACUUCCCCUAGCUCAUCUUGUUUUUCUGAAUCUUUUCUCCUUUUAUUUGGGCUCUUCAUUAUAAUGGGUAAGUUUGUAUUGGCUAAUCUCUUGAUCUUUCUCUUGAAUUUGGGAGCUAUACUCUCAUCUCUUGCUUGUCCUUACUGCCAAUUCCCACCUCAUCCUAAACCUCAUCCAAAGCCUCCUCCUAAGCCAAAACCACAUUGCCCUCCACCAUCUGUGCCCGGCAAGCCUCCCAAACCUCCGGUGAGUCCACCCCAUGGGCCUAAGCCACCAUCACCACAUAAACCUCCAAAGCCACCACAUAAGCCUCCUGUCAGCCCACCUUAUGUGCCUCCUAAGCCACCAUCUAAGCCACCCCCUGGUGUAAGUCCACCUUAUGUUCCUCCUAAGCCACCAUCUAAGCCACCCCCAGGAGUUAGUCCACCUUAUGUUCCUCCAAAGCCACCAUCACCACAUAAACCUCCAAAGCCACCACAUAAGCCUCCUGUCAGCCCACCUUAUGUGCCUCCAAAGCCACCAUCUAAGCCACCCCCAGGAGUUAGUCCACCCUAUGUUCCUCCAAAGCCACCAUCUAAGCCACCCCCUGGUGUAAGUCCACCCUAUGUUCCUCCAAAGCCACCAUCUAAGCCACCCCCUGGUGUAAGUCCACCUUAUGUUCCUCCAUAUGUUCCUCCAAAGCCACCAUCUAAGCCACCCCCAGGUGUUAGUCCACCUUAUGUUCCUCCUAAACCACCAUCUAAGCCACCCCCUGGUGUAAGUCCACCUUAUGUUCCUCCAUAUGUUCCUCCAAAGCCGCCAUCUAAGCCACCCCCAGGUGUUAGUCCACCUUAUGUUCCUCCUAAACCACCAUCUAAGCCACCCCCAGGUGUUAGUCCACCUUAUGUUCCUCCUAAACCACCAUCUAAGCCACCCCCAGGUGUAAGUCCACCUUAUGUUCCUCCAAAGCCACCAUCUAAACCACCCCCAGGUGUUAGUCCACCUUAUGUUCCUCCUAAGCCACCAACUAAGCCACCCCCAAGUGUAAGUCCACCUUAUGUGCCUCAUCCACCUCCCUAUGUAACUCCACCAUCUCCACCUUACGUGCCUCAACCACCUCCCUAUGUAACACCACCAUCCCCACCAACAGUACCUCAGCCACCUCCCUAUAUACCACCACCAUCCCCACCAACAGUACCUCCUCAACCACCUCCCUAUGUACCAUCGCCGUCUCCAACGGUGCCGCCGCCGGGAGGAACUCCAUGCCCACCUCCACCACCACCAGCACAACAAACAUGCCCCAUUGAUACACUCAAGCUAGGUGCAUGCGUGGAUGUAUUGGGUGGUCUAAUUCACAUUGGGAUUGGAAGCAGUGCUAAGGAUGCUUGUUGUCCAGUGCUUCAAGGUCUUGUUGACCUAGAUGCUGCUGUGUGUCUUUGUACCACAAUCAAGCUCAAGCUUCUCAACAUCAAUCUCAUCAUCCCAAUUGCUCUUGAGGUACUCAUCGAUUGUGGCAAGACCCCACCUCCAGGAUUCAAGUGUUCUGCAUGAGCAUCACUCCAAUUAAUUUCAGGUGAUCGGGAAACAUAAAAAUGGCUUCCAUGGAUUACUAUCUUAGUGACCCAUUUCACUUGUGGUUGUGUCACCGGCAUUGGAAGCAUUCACGUGCAAAGGAAUUAGUGUGUUGAGUGUUCUUUUUGAAGAAAAGGAGGAAAUAAAAAUGGCAGAAUAAAGUGAAUUUAUAUGCUGGUUUUGUUUUCUGUAUCCUGUGGUAAAUCAAAUCGGUAUACCACAGGGAUAUUAGGGUUUGAUAAAAGAAACUGUCGCAAUGUAGUGUGAUUGGUGAUGGUGACUUCUAGUUUGGUUUUUUUAUUUUAUUUUAUUUUUUGUUUGAUCAAUGCUCUAUAUAUAUCAUGAUUGAUCUUUGUUAA